CUUCCACAUUCACAGGUAUUAUGCAAUACAUGUACCAUUCAUUUAAGAGAGCCAGGCUGUCCUUUUUUUUGAAUUACUCAUCUAAUUACUAAAAAAGAUCUUUGUCUAAGUAGAACUUUUGAGGUGUCUUCUACAUCUAAAUAAGCAUCCCAGUACGAAACAAACAUGGGACUCACAUCAUGGCUGUUUGGAAGCCAGAAAUCACCCCAGGAACAGUUGCGGGCUCAUCAAAGAUCUCUUGGAAGAGCUGAGCGAGAAUUAGAUCGUGAAAAGGUCAAAUUGGAUCAACGAGAGAAAUCUUUGGUUCAAGAGAUUAAAUCAAGUGCAAAAGCAGGAAAUACGGGUGCCGCUAGAAUCCAAGCUCGAGAUAUGAUGCGUUUAAGGAAUAGCAGGAAAAAGAUGACGAACGCAAAGACUCAAUUACAGGCUAUAUCUCUUCGUCUUCAGACAACGAGAACAAGCGAACAAAUGAUGCAAAGUAUGCGAGGAGCUACUCGGUUGCUCGGUGGUAUGAAUAGGAGCAUGAACUUACCAGCAAUGUCUCGUAUUGCUCAGCAAUUUGAAAGAGAAAACGACAUGAUGGAGCAACGCCAAGAAAUGAUAGACGAAAGUAUGGAUGACGCCCUGGAAGAUGAUGAUGAAGAAGAGGCUGAUGAGCUUGUAAAUAAAGUCUUGGAUGAAAUAGGGGUAGAUUUAUCUCAAGGUCUCCCAGAUGCCUCAACGCAAGUGGGAAGUAUGCCAGAGCUUAAGUCUGAAGAUAACCUGCAAGCAAGAUUGGAUGAUUUAGCUAAACGAUAAAUACGAUCUUUUACGAUGCAUAAUUCGUUUCCUUUUAUGAAUAUUAUAUUUUAAUCUACUUGACUACUUCUUGUGAUCGGUAUUUGGGUAAUCCUUGUUACUCUGGUAAUUAGUAUUGAGUAAUCAAAAAAAUACUGGGCUUCAAUUAGUAAAGAUAGAGCUGAAAUUAAAGAGAUAAAAAUAUUUGUUAGGUAAAGCAAUGAAAAUAUAGUUGGUUGAAUAGAUUUUUGGGUUAUGAAAG